UUGGCGACAUUUUCCUCAUUUCCUCAAGAGAAGCCAAGAGGUUAAGGAGAGAGGCGUCGAGUAUGGAGGAAGUCAGCGAAUUGCUGAGGCAGCAUGAACUUACUGGCAGGGAAUUACUGAGUUUGUUCAUAAUCUGGUACAGAAAUAUUUCAUACUGCUUGUCCCUAAACCCGAAAAUGAAGAGGAUUCUGAAGUCAACUAAGUCAAGUGCCUUGGGUUCAAGUCAAAUAGCUGGUGUUAAGAACCGGAACAAAUCAUCUUCAUCGUCUCAGGUCUUGUCAAUGUUGAAGAAGGAGGAGGGCUUCGAUCUCCCUGAAGAUAUUGUAGUGAAAAUUCUGUGCCGGUUGCCGGUCAAAACACUGAUCCGGUUCACUUGUGUGUCAAAACGGUGGCGUUUUAUCAUCAUUUCCGAUCCUCAAUUCGCCAAAUCCCACCUCCAACUAGCAUUACAGCAGGGAAACCUCAGCCAAAGAAUCCACCCCAUAUUUGUUUGUGAGUCCCCUCAAUUUCAAUCAUGGGAACAUAGUUUCAAGGGUUCAGUUAUACGCCUCAGCUUCCCAUCAGUGGAAUGUGAGCAGCUAGUAAGGACCACGUGCAAUGGCUUGGUUCUUCUAGGUGACUCCUAUAUAACUGGUUUGGUAGCCUUGUCUAUCUGUAAUCCAUCAACAGGAUUUGUCCGCAAAAUACCUAGUCCAAGGAUGCCUGACUACAUGGACGAAAACGGAGAAAGACAGCGUCUAGACUUUGUAAUUUCUGGUUUUGGUUAUGUCUCGUCCACAGAUGACUACAAGCUUGUUUUUGUAAUACCGGGCGAUAGCACACAUUUUCAUGUCUAUAUCUUUUCACUGAGGGCCAACUCUUGGAAAGUUAUUGAAGCUCCUCACUUGUCAUCACCAGACUGCGGUCACGAGGUGGGGACUCUUUUAAAUGAAGCAAUCCAUUGGAUUAACUACCGCAGUGGAGUUUCAGACCCAGCGAGUAUGUAUGCUUUUGAUUUGGCAGAGGAGGAGUUCCGUGAAAUGACAUUGCCUGUUUGGUUCCCAAAAGAUGAGACAUACGUAAGGGUUCUUUCAUCAGGAGGAUGCCUUUGUAUGUGGUUAAAGGCAGAUGAUGGGCUUAGUAUGCGGUGCCUGAAUCUUGGGUUAAACUCUUCGGAUUUAGAGAAGACGAUUUACCAGAUGUGUUCACUUCAUUAA